AUGGAAAGUCUACUCAAGUGUUUGUCUUUGCUACAAAAGCAUACUAAUUUGAUUUCCAUACCGAAGAGAUAUAUGCUUAAGGAAUCCAUUAACCAUAUAUUGAAUAAAAAGGUUAUGGAUAGAUAUAUAAGAUUACCUGUUCCGUGUAACAAAGUUUUGGCCACUUACUGUUGGAUUGAUGGAUCAGGUAUAAAUAUGAGAUGUAAAGAUAGAAUACUGAAUUGUACUCCUCAUAGUGCUGAUGCAGCUCCCGGCUGGGCAUUUGAUGGUAGUUCUACAGGUCAAGCUACUACUGCUAACUCUGAUACUUCUUUGAAGCCUUGUGCAGUGUAUAAAGAUCCAUUUAGACUAGAACCUCACGUUCUUGUUCUAUGUGAAGUAUAUAUGGGAGAUGGCUCACCAGCUGCUACGAAUCACAGAAAAUUCUGCAAUGAUCUUUGUGAAUUUCAUAGAGCAGAAGAACCAUGGUUUGGUCUAGAACAGGAGUAUACUAUGUUAGAUGUUGACGGUUGGGGCCUGGGGUGGCCGAAAGGUGGAGGUUUUCCAGCUGUUAAUUAUGAAUUUUCCUACUGCGGUAUAGGAGCAAAGUAUAUUGCGGGGAGGGAUAUUUGCGAAGCUCAUACCAAAUGUUGCUUAUACGCUGGAUGUGACUUUGAGGGUACGAACGCUGAGGUUAUGUUUGCUUGCUGGGAAUGGCAAAUAGGAACAACAAUCGGUAUUAAAGCUCCAGACGAUAUGUGGAUGUCACGAUAUAUAAUGUCUCGAGUUUCUGAAGAUUAUGGAGUCGUAGUAACAUACCACCCUAAACCCAUGGGACCAAAACAUCCAGGAGUAGGCAUGCAUCACAAUUUCAGUACAAAGAGAAUGCGUUCAGAUGGUGGUUAUAAGUUUAUUGAAGAGUGUAUUAAAAGACUAGAAAAAAAUCACAUGAAACAUAUGAAGAAUUACGGUAAUGACGAACAAACCAACAGAAUGCGUUUGUCUGGAAAAUUUGAAACUGCCCCAUUUGACAAAUUCUCAUGGGGUAUUGCUAACAGAAAAUCCUCUAUUCGUCUACAAAGAAAUAUUAAAGAAAAAGGCAAAGGUUUCAUGGAAGACAGACGACCAGCUGGAGACUGCGACCCUUAUCUUGUUUGUGGUUUAUUAAUGGAUACGUGCUUAGGUUCAGCUGGCGGAAGUAGUGGUAGAGGCGGUAAAUGCAAAUGA